GAACUUUAACCAGAAAAUGUCUGAGAAUGUGGCGUUUUACUCCGAAACAAAGUCCAUCGCGGAGACGCUGGUCCGGGCCGCCGUGGACGUUUUCGGGUGUCUGAGAGAAGAAAGCGGGGCGGAGGAGCAGAGAGCGGGACGGGAGCCAGAUCCUGACGUCGUCGUGGAGAUGUUGGCUCGAGAGGCAACCAGGAAGAUCAGCCUGGUGUUUACCCAGCUCUCAUUGCUGCUGCGGUCAGAAAACCUGACUCUGAAGGCCCGGGUGGAGCAGCUGGAGAGCCAGCUGAAGGCCGUGAGCGAGAGUUUUGAAAACGCUCGUUUGUGGAGGGAGAACGUCCUGAGCGGCUGCCCCGUACUGUUCGAGCGCAGCGGCCUGAUCUUCACCCUGAAGCCGUUUGGAAAGUUAAAGGGAAAAACAGAUGAAGGGACCGAGGAAGUCAGUGAAGUAGCAGCAGCACCUCCUCCUCUUCCUGAUGAAGAUGAUGAUGAUGAGGAGGAGGAGGAGGAAGGGGAUGUCGGACUGGAUGGUGGAAAUGAUGCAGCCUCUGCAGAAGGUCACACCUCCCCAUCAGCAGCUGAGCCUGAGGUCAGACGGGAGACCGAGGUCAGGAGGGCAGGGAAGGUGUUUGUGUGCGACGUCUGCAACAAGAGCUUCAGCCGUCAGUUUCAUCUCACCAAGCACAUGAACACCCACCAAGAGCAGCGGCCUUUCGCCUGCCAGCAGUGCCCCAGGAGAUUCAGGGACGCCUCCACCUUCGAGUACCAUCUCCUGCGACACGAGGAGAAGCGGCUGGCCUCGUUCCAGUGCCAGCUCUGCAGCAAGACCUUCAAAACCAAGAUGCACCUGAAGACCCACCAGCUGGUCCACACCGACGCCCGGCCGUUCGUCUGCGGCACCUGCGGGAAAGGCUUCAAGACCAAACACAACCUGCGGGCGCAUCAGGCGGUGCACACCGCCGAGAAGCCGCACAAGUGCCCCGAGUGCGGCGAGGGCUUCCGGUACGCCUUCACGCUGCAGUGCCACCGCAGCGUCCACACCGGGGAACACCCGUACCGGUGCACGCAGUGCGGCAAAGCCUUCGUGAAGAGGCGCUCGCUCAGGACGCACCAGGCGGUGCACAGGGGCAAGACGUUCACCUGCGAGACGUGCGGCGCCGGCUUCACCCUGCAGCACAACCUGAAGCGGCACAUCCGGAUACACACCGGCGAGAAACCCUUCGCCUGCAAAGUCUGCGGGAAGAGUUUCGCUCAGGACAACAAGCUGAAAGUGCACAUGCUGCUCCACGGAGCGUCCAAGGCCUUCAUGUGCGACCUGUGUGGGAAGACCUUUCUCUACAACUGCCAGCUGAAGAGGCACCAGAAGGUCAACCACGACAACGAGCACGGGCAGCCGGCGAGGAGACGCGCCCGAGAGCACGGCCAGCGCAGGGUCAUCUACCGGCGGGACAGGACCACGCUGGACGUGACGCCGUUCGGCUGCAAGACCUGCCACAAGGGCUUCGACACGGCGAGCGCGCUCAAGAGGCACGAGCUGAUCCACACGGGCCACAUGCAGUACAGCUGCGCCACCUGCGGGAAGUCCUUCUUCUACAAGGCCACCUACGACUACCACCGGCGCAUCCACUCGGGCGAGCGCCCCUUCGGCUGCGGCGUCUGCGGCAAGACGUUCAUCAUCCGCCAGGCCCUCAAGUCCCACCAGCUGCAGCACUCCGGCGAGAAGCCGCACAAGUGCGAUCAGUGCGGCAAGGACUUCAGGAUUUACACCAACUACCUGAGACACCUCCGCGUCCACACCGGGGAGAAGCCCUACGAGUGCGAGGUCUGCGGCGUGAAGUUCAGGCAGCUCGGACACGUCAAGUUCCACAUGCAGGUCCACACGGGGGAGCGGCCGUACUCCUGCAGCAGCUGUGGACUCGGCUUUUCAGACUCCAGGCUGCUCAAGAAGCACAAAUGUGGAGAGAAAUCCCAGAAAGUAUGAGGGGAGGCUGUGAAGAUACCCAGAGCAGCAGUGUGGGAAAACAUUUCAUCUCAUCAGAGUCACCGACCAGGAGGACGAGACGCCCCACAACCUGAAUACAAGACAGAAAGUCCAGCAUCAUGGGAGAAAACACCAUGUUUCUUUAAGAGACAGGAAUAUGGUGAAGAUGUCCGGACGUGCCCUCAUACCUCAGGCCUGACUGAUUUCAUCAGCUGAUCACCAAGAUAAUCAAUAAUCGGUUAAAAGCUAUUCAAUUUUACCAAUUUUAAUGAAACCUUUUGGUGCAAAAUGCAGGGAAAUGUCAAAAAAAAAAAAAAAAAGUUGUUGCUGUUGAAUUAGGCCUGUUUUUCCCAGACUGCCCCUGACAGCAUGACUUUGAGGCUAAUGCUAGUUAGCUAGCUGUCAUGGCAGCGUCAGGACGUUUCAGGUCUCAGUGUUCGGUUGUCUGCCAAUUUGUUAGAGAAAAAAGUUCCUUUUGUAAUCUUCUACAUUUCCUUGGUGGUUUGGCCGCAUUGGAGCCACUUAGGGGCCAUUUUUGGUCCACAGGUCUUAUGUUUAACGUCCCUGUUCCAGUCUUUUGCUCCAUCAAUGUCAAAAGUCGGUCAAAUAGUUUAGUUUGAGCUCAGAGUUUUUGUUUUAAUUAGUGCUGUCAGUUUUAGUCGCAUUGAUCGCAAUUAAUCGUGAUUAAUUCAUGGA